AUGUCUGGUGUUUUAGGCCCAGCAUCGAUGCCGAGCACUUCGCCUGCUUCCGUGGCGCAGGCGAUUAACUCAACCAUUUCCCAGACUACCGGACAUACCCUUCUCCCUUCACCACGCGAACUACUCUCUCUUCCUCUCCGCGCUCUGCAUCAUGCCGAAACAUUCGCUUUCAGUACGGUUCCACGACAUAUCGCCCGAAUGGCUGGGAUUGAGGAUAUACAUUUGAAUCUGUGGCCAACUGCUGCACCAGUGGCUGGACAGGAUAUCGCACACGAGGCUAUGAACGCUGCCGCUGAGAUCGCGGCCGGUGCCCCCGAAGUGGUAGAACAAGUGGAAAACUGGUACCUUGCAGAGCUCACGUCAACGAUGCGGAAGGUCGGUGGCUUUUUUGGGUAUCUAACAAGCAUCUGGUCAUUCGCCUGCUUGGUGGAGGCCUUGAUCCUGAAUCGUAUCACGAUAUACGCAUCCACGCGGCGCCAUCUGCAACUGGGCUGGCAGAGACGCCUUGCCCUGCGCAUUGUUCCCAUCGUCCUUUUCCUCUCACAAAUUUUGACAUUGACACGCGGAAUCCGGUGCCAAACAUCUCCAGACUUUGCGGCAAUGCGAUAUGGCAGGCCAGGCAAACCGUUGAUAUUUGACUACGCGAGUAGUGGAGGCUCUCUGCAUUGGUUUGCUUCAAGUCUCCUACCCUGGGAAUCCGACGAACAAGCUUGCAGCGCUGUAAGGAUGGCACGAACGGCCAACGCUCCCGCCAUUCCAUACGGGUCUUUCGCGCUUCUAUGGCCAGUUUUCAUUAUCUUAUGCCUCAGCCAUUUUGUGGAAACACUUUCUUGCGCGUUACAAGGACGUCCUGUCAUGACUGAGACAGGCAUGUCGAUCUUCGAGCACUCCCUGGCCUUUGCCGAAGCCGAAUCUAUGAUUAGCAAAUCCAUUGGGCUUGGUAUGUUUGGCCUUGCGAAACAGAAUCCUCUUACCCAGGGUGGAACUGGAGAUAGCGCGACCUCGCCUCUUCAGCUUCUGACUAGAGCGCAAGUGCUGGAGCGCAUGAAUGUCACUCCGGAACUGUUACUUAUUGUGUUGAUAUCAUGCUGCAACAGUUUGACUUCGCAUGUCCUUGAAGUCUUUGGCAAGCAAAGUCGAUACCGUCUUGCAAAUACCGCAUUCUGGGGGGCUUGCUUCAUGGCCGCCAUGUGCUGGGGGUUGGAGGCGGGCCCUCCUGUAAGUCUCGACACAGGUGUGCUCAAAUUCCCAACUGUCUGCAUUGUUGGGUUUAUUCCUCAUCUACUUGUUCUAUUCGGGGUCAUCAUAUGUGUGGCAAUCUAUGGAUUGGCCCUGACCAUCACCGCUUUUUCGUUGUCACCGGAGGAAAACCAUACUCUCUCCCUUCGAGAGAAAUUCAUGGUGGCGAACGAAAAUAUGCAGGGGGCCAGCCAGAUUCGCAACAUUCGUUUCAAUCGCCAUGAAGACUUCUAUACCACUCUGCUACGUGUUGGAUAUGUGGCUUUAACGGCAGCGAGCGAAGCAGUGUUCUUGAAUGAAGGCAAGGCAGUGAUCGCGAGACAGAUGACUUGGCUUGAACAGGACCGACUUGCCGAGAUCGAAGCCUCCCGAAAACGUAACGCUUCACGUGGGAACUGGGAAAGCCAUAACGUGGGAACGACGCCCUUUGACCCUGCGAGGUUCGCUAGUUUCGAGCUGCCAGACGAUGCUUCAACCUGGGAAAGCGGAUAUGGUCGAGAGAAGAAGAUCGAGAAGCCUAAAAAUGGCUCACGAACGACACAGUCUCAAGCUGAAUUAGGAGGUGUGGGUGCUGUUCGGUCUUCUGUCCGACUUUGGCAUGGUAUAUCGUUCUUCCGUGCUAUCUUCUGGCUAAUCGCGCGUUGGAUUGCCUGUGGCUUCAGCCGAGUGCUUGACAGGUUCGGUAUCCGUGCUCGGCCACAAUGGUUGAAACGAUUGGCUGGAUCACGGAAGAAUCGAAAGUCUGCGAAAUCCUCUUCCGCGGAAUCAUUAGACUUUUGGAUCCUUACCGAUGAAGGAGUGCUUCAACUUCCUGAGAAUCAUGAUUUUGACGUCGAAUUAGAAAUGAGAAAGCAGGAGAGCUCUGGAAGACAGCAGUGGGAACUUCUCGAUGAGAGUCGACUGGACGAUAAGAUGUAUGGGUGGUGGAAGGCUGGUGGAUCCUGGGGCAACCAAGACCACACCCCCGAUUACAGACCCCCGGUGUUUGAGGAUGACCUGACAAGUGUCAUCUCGUUUUCCACCAAUGCAUCGGAGUCUGAAUGGGAAGACUAUCCGUCGGAUGGUCGCCGGACCCCCACUCAAUCCAAUCCGAAUCCUGGUUUCUCUCGCGAGACUUCACCCUUACAAGAUUCGCAUAUGGAUUUGGAUACAUUCGCUCGUCUUCUUGAUCCCCGUGAUCGUGAAAGCAGAGAAGAAGCCCGUAUCCUUGCAGCCCAUCUCACUCCUGGACAAGGAAAUCGCAUUAUGACUCGCAGCCAGUAUCAGAAGCAGGUAGAACGCGAUAGAUCUCGGGUGCUGCUUUCUUCCCGUUUACAUCAUGUCGGCUCCAAGUCGACGGCUGAAAAGCGCAAACCAACCCCCGAGGAAGAAACUGAGAUGCUUGAAAGGUUGAUCAUCUCUCGGCGCUCUGAAACUGCUCCUACCGCCGACACCCACAGUUGGGAGGAGGGCGCAAUGGGCUUGGGCCCGAACGGACCACCUUGUGUAGUCUGUCAGACAAGCCCUCGGUCUAUCAUUACCUGGCCAUGUCGCUGUCUUUGUAUCUGCGAGGACUGUCGAGUCAGCCUAGCAAUGAAUAACUUUGGUAGCUGUGUUACUUGUCGUCAAGAAGUUGGUGGUUUCAUGCGGCUAUGGGUUCCGUGA